UUGGUGAGUACUACCUACCUGACUAAACUUCAUCUCUCAAUUCGAAUGUCAACUAAUGUAAAAAAUUGCCCAUUUUUUUAGUAUCGUUGAUGAAUUGCAUACUUCUUUUAAUAUCAAAAGUUAUAUUUGAUUGCGGUUUUCCUUAUUCAAAAACAGUAGGUAUAUUGUGCAACAAGUUCAGAAAUGGGUAGAUUUUGAUACACGUGAAGUUGGGCACGAGUCAGUCUUAUGCUUACGCAUGGAGACUACGAAAAGAGAACAAACUCAAAAAGGAGAUUUGACAAAAUCUGUCCAUAUCUUUACCCAAAUUUUUUAAUUGUUUGUAAAUAUAUAUUUAUGUAUUGUAUAUAAAUUGGUAUUAUUUCAAAAGUCUUAAAACAGGCGAUAGAUUGUAAUGUAUGUAAAGAAAUAACAAGAAAAAAUUAAACAAUAUGGAUAAUGUCAAAAAUAAAUAUGUAUGUAAACUAUGUAACGUCCACUUUGACAACAAUUUGAACACAAUGUUCACUAACAAUGUAACAUUUUUUUUGUGGUUUGGGCAGUUCAGUGCGCAAGUUCGCUUGUCGUUUAAUUUACUGCGUGUACAAAGCUGGAGGUAUUAAUUUGAAAGUUCGCGGGAACAGAUGCCAGGCUUCGGAAGCGCCCAUUGUUGUUUUAGCACCUCAUUCUUCGUUCAUGGACUCCAUUGUUAUGGUGUACAUGGACGCUCCUUCUAUUGUGGCCAAGGGGGAAACAAGUUGUAUACCAAUUUUUGGGAGACGAUACGGUUGCUGUUAUGUACACUAGGCAGAUUUGUGUACGCUGCUGCCGGUAUGGAGAUUAUUAUUAAGGGAAAGCAGGCCAGCCGAAGCGAAGCCCCCGUUCUAGUUUGCGCCCCUCAUUCUACCUUCAUAGAUGGAGGAAUUGUGUACAUAACCGGGCUACCUACGUGCAUUGUUCGUAGGGAAAGUGGAAAUGACUCUUACAUAGGAAAACUAAUUAAUUUUUCACAACCCAUAUACGUAUGGAGAGAUGAUCCGGAUUCCCGUCACAAUACCAUAAAAGAAAUAAUUAAAAGGGCAAAAUCAGAUUUAGACUGGCCUCAAAUUUUAAUUUUUCCUGAAGGAACAUGUACGAAUAGGUCUUGUUUAAUAACAUUUAAACCAGGUGCUUUUUAUCCUGGCGUUCCCGUACAGCCUGUGUGUAUUCGUUAUCCGAACAAGCUGGAUACUGUUACUUGGACGUGGGAAGGCCCCAGUGCUUUAAAACUUCUAUGGCUCACCCUUACUCAAGUUCACAGCUACUGUGAAAUUGAAUUUUUACCCGUUUAUAGACCUAACGAAGAAGAAAAACGAGAUCCGAAACUUUACGCAAACAAUGUUCGAAGAGUAAUGGCAAAAGCUCUCGGUGUGCCUACAGUUGACUAUACAUAUGACGACUGUCGUUUAAUGGCUCGUGCCAAAGAGAUGAACCUUCCAUGUGCUUCCUCGAUAGCUGAGAUAAGAAAAAUUAGACAAAGACUACAACUGAUUGAUGCUCAUAUUGAAGAAAAAAUAAUAAAUUCUCAAUUAAUUUGUAAAGACUGCAGCAGAGUGACACUUACCGAAUUUUCCAAUUACUUAAAUGUUUUUCCUAGUGAUCCCUUAGUUAUGCAGUUAUUUAAAUUAUAUGAUAAGAAUGCUUCAGGUGUGAUAGACUUCAGGGAAUAUUUACUAGGAACGGUUGUGACGUCAAAAGAAAGGAGCUUAUUAGAAAUAAUCCAGUUAGGAUUUAAGAUUUAUGAUUCUAGUGGAGUAGGUAAAAUUUCUCUUCACGAAUUUGUGACUAUUCUUAAUCAUACUUUAGCAGUGACUUCAGAACAAUCGGAAUUUAUAUUUAAACAAAUAGUUCCAGACAAUGCCAUCUACAUAACUUUUGAUAAUUUCGUUUCUUUUGCAAAAGAAUGCCCAGAGUUUUCAAACAUAUUCGUCACCUGCAAUUCCAGUAAAAAUUGUCAAAAGAAUGGGAACGUCCACGAAAAUAAUUGUGUUAAAAAGAACGAGUAAAUUAUUAGUAAUUACAAUUCAUGCAUUAAGAGUAUGUAGAAUUACUUUUAAUUGUAAACUACUCGUAGGCAGUUAAUUAUUUAUUGUUGUAAUAUU